CACAUCACUCAGCUUGGCGUUAUCAUGUGUUAACUAUUAUAACAGAAUUAGAGGAUGCCCUCUAGUCUGUAGCGCUGCACGGGGCUGUUGUGCCCCAAGUGCAGGGCCCUUUGUGGUGGCCCCGCGGCGCCCCCCGCCCCCGAACCGGGCUCCUAGCGCCACAGCAGGGCCCGGGCGGGGCGGGGCGGGGCCGCUGUGGGGCUCCGCGAUGAAGCCGGUUGUCGCGGGGCCGGGAUGGAGCGGGGAACGGCGGACCCUGCGCGCUGACCCGCCGCAGGUGCCGCUGGACGACACCGAGGAUGUAUCCCUCGACUUCGGCAGCGAGGAGGAGCUGGCGCUGCGGAAAGCACGGAUCAGGCACCCACUGGCCACCUUUUUCCACCUGUUUUUCCGAGUGAGUGCUAUUAUUACCUACUUGUUCUGUGACUGGUUCAGCAACAGCUUUGUUGCCUGUUUUGUCACUAUUCUCCUCCUUCUCUCCUUUGACUUUUGGUCAGUUAAGAACGUGACAGGAAGACUCUUGGUUGGUUUGCGUUGGUGGAACCAGAUUGAUGAAGAUGGAAAAAGCCACUGGGUGUUUGAAGCAAAAAGGGUGCCUACAAUAGCUGUCUCAACAGAAGCUGAAGCUCGAAUCUUUUGGCUUGGUCUCAUUAUCUGCCCAGUUAUUUGGACGGUGUUUCUCUUUAGCACCUUGUUCUCCUUGAAACUGAAAUGGCUGGCUCUUGUGAUAGCUGGGAUCUCCCUUCAGACUGCUAAUUUAUAUGGCUACAUCUACUGCAAGCUAGGGGGACAAACAAGCAUCAGCGGAGUCAAUUCAAGGUUUUUUGUCACAGCAGAUGCUCCCAAGAGGCAGGCAAGGAGAAUUUCAGAAGACCGCAUUGAGGAACACGGGAAGACAGAUGCUAGAUAAAAAUACUGUUAUGAUAGCUGUUCUUCACAUAAAGAUAUUUAAGUAAAGCUCUUCAACAAUUA